AUGCAUUUUUCUUCGGUUUAUGAUGAGGCCGAGUUACGAAGCCGUUCAAACAGACAAGUUCACGUCAACCCUGUGCCAGCUUUCGAGCCGGAUGGUUGGUCUGGUUACGGCAUGACAGAAGCCGACUGGUCGGAGCGCCAACUCUGGCCUCGACCGGCGCCGACCAACAGACUCCAGCCCCUCGGGGGCCACGUGGCUGGCCCCGUCAGAUGGGCCUCUCCACGACCCCCGCGUGACGCGGCCACCUCUCGUCCAGCGGGUUCGGAUUCAGCACCAAAGAGUGGCUCCUGUGGAGCAAGCAUCAUCGACGGAGACGAAAGACGGCUCGUCUGUUUGACAUGUGGCCCGGCCAGCAAAACGCCCAAAGAGCCUCCUUUGCCGACUGAGACGAGGCGAGGCAGAAGAGUGAAUUCGACACUCGCACCGACGCUUUACCUCCCACCGCGUGGCGCUCAGUACAGAGGAUCAAAUUUCCUCGUGCGCCGCCUCUCUGCUGGUCCUGCCGAGGAUGGACGUUGCGAUGGUGGUGGAGAAGGGGUUGGCCAUACAGGACUAAUGAUGCCGGAGGCGGUGAUGCCGGCAGCAGGGUAG